CGAGAGUAUCAUCGGAAUCGAAUAAUUAUAUUCUCCUCUCAAUUUUUAGAUAAAAAUUACCGAUUUCUUUUUUCUUUUCUUUUGGUGGGUAAAUUAUCAGUUUUUAUUUAUUUAUUGUUUAAUGAUUAUGGAAGUGUGAUAAAGACGAAGCAGCUCUAGUGGACUGAGAGAGAGUUUUUUAAAAUAGAAUGUUGAGGAAGAGAAGGAGAAGAAGGAGAAGAAAAAGAGAAUUUUAGAGAGAGAAAGAGAGGGAGUUAAAUAGAAUUUUGAGGACGAGAAGGAGAAUAAGAAGAAGAAAAACAUAAUUUUAGAGAGAGAGAGAGAGAGAGACGAUGGGAGCUUGCGUUUCGAGACCCAAAGAGUGCGUGGAAAGGAGAUUGGAUUUGUCGAAGAAGAAGAAGUACCGCAGAAGAAGAACUCUUCAGAGGCGCGUUUCGUCCCUGAAUCGAUCUUACCCUAAUCCUGCACUUCAAGGAACAGCUAGAGCAAGUACGGACGUGCCAUGGGUGGAUUGUACUUCUUUUGUUGAAUCCGAAUUGGACGAUGAUUUCUACAGCGUUCGCGAGGAUUUUUCCUCCGUUAAUGGCAACGAAAGCGCAUCCAGAUUGAGUGUUUCAUCGCCAAGAGGCUUUUAUCGUAAUAAGGAGCUUGGUGAAAGUACUCAGACUCAAGCUGUCGUUUCCUCUGACCAACAGGAGAAUCACAAACCAAGGGAAACGUUAAACAAGAACAAUGGGAGAAUUGAGUCUGGUUCGAUUAAUAUGGAUGAAGCAUCUACUAUUUGUGCGGAAGAAAGUGUCGUGGGAGAAGACGGGACUACGCAGCCGUUGGAUCAUUGCGGACUUCUUCCGAAUAAUUGCUUGCCUUUUCUUGCUUCCACAGCCUCCACAAUUGACAAGAGAAGACCAAUAAGCCCAGGUCCUCCAAGUUUUAAGUGGAAAUUGCCCUCAAAACUUUCCUUUAAAUGGAGGGAAGGGCAACACUCUGAUAUGGCAUUAAUUUCACCCAACGUGCUUCGGCAAAGGCCAAAAGCAGGUUCUACGGUUCCUCAUUGCCCGAUAGACAAGAGAAUGCGGGAUUGUUGGUCGCCAAUUGAGCCAAGCACGUUUAAAGUCAGAGGGAAAAACUAUUUUAGGGAUAAAAAGAAAGACUUUGCUCCAAACUGCGCAGCGUUUUAUCCUUUCGGCGUUGAUGUUUUCUUAUGCCCAAGGAAAAUUGAUCAUAUUGCUCGCUUCGUGGAACUUCCUUCUCAGCAUAUAUCUGGCGAUGUCCCUUCUAUUCUUGUUGUAAAUGUUCAGGUGCCAUUAUAUUCUUCCUCUAUAUUUCAAGGAGAAAAUGAUGGAGAAGGAAUGAGUUUGGUUAUGUACUUUAAUGUUUCUGAAGGUUAUUCCAAAGAUCUUCCACCUAAUUUACGAGAUAAUAUCAACAGAUUAAUCAAUGAUGAAGUGGAAAGAGUUAGAGGUUUUCCUGUUGAUACCAUUGCACCCUUUAGAGAAAGAUUGAAAAUCCUGGGCCGAGCGGCAAAUUUGGAGGACCUUCAUUUAAGUACAGCUGAGAAGAAGCUAAUGAAUGCUUACAACGAAAAACCCAUUCUUUCGCGCCCUCAACACGAGUUUUACUUGGGAGAAAACUACUUCGAGAUCGAUCUGGAUAUACACCGGUUCAGCUACAUUUCGAGAAAAGGGUUCGAGGCAUUCCAUGACAGAUUGAAGCUAUCCAUAUUGGACUUCGGUCUAACGAUUCAGGGGAACAAGGCAGAGGAUCUACCUGAGCAUAUGUUGUGCUGUGUACGCCUGAACGAGAUAGACUAUACUAACCAUCAUCAACUGGGAUUUUGAGUCGUUGAGCCAUAGUAAUCCAGUAAUUGCUUGUUCCUGGGAGGUUCUUCAAUCUAUGAAGAACUGUUUAUAUCACCUUCAAAAUUUUUUGAAACUUUUUUUUCCCCCAUAAAGAGAAAAAACAAGAUGCCUUGUUAAGCCUAUAUGGUGCCUCGGUUGUAUGUUGGCAGCCAUUUUUUUAUGCCCGUACAAUUUUAUCGUAUUUUUAAAUUCAUUUGUACAUAAUAUCCGAAUGUACAGUUAUGACAACCAAAUUAAGUGAAAUAAGAAACAAGAAGGUUUCUGUUUGUCAUCAGAAUUCAGCAAAAUGAUGCUCGUGAUUUCUCCAUAAGUGAUGCAGCCAACGAGAAAAGAAAUAGUUCAAACCAUUAAAAUGGUUUGUGAUCAUUUCUUGUAAUGUGAUCUUCGUUUGGGUUGAAAGAGAAGUGUGCUUUAUAGAGUCGGGAAUUUUUAUGCACGUCUCUCUUGUGACUUACAAGUUCAGAACUCGAGUUGCAAGUUAUUGAAGAGUGACUUAUGCGAGAGAAUAUAUUAUAGCAUAAAAGUUA